AUGGCACAGAAAGAGGGAGAUGUUAGAGAUUACAAUUUGACUGAGGAACAGAAGGCGAUCAAGGCCAACUAUCCGCCAGUCAAUAGGAAUUACGAGUAUUUGGAUCAUACAGCAGAUGUCCAGUUACACACAUGGGGAGAUACUCUGGAGGAAGCAUUUGAGCAAUGUGCAAUGGCCAUAUUUGGUUACAUGAUAGAUACCAGGACUGUGGAGCCUCUCCAAACAAUAGAAGUAGAAACCCAAGAUGUUUCUACUUUUCUUUUUCACUUUUUAGAUGAGUGGCUUCAUAAGUCCAAUGCUGAUGAAUUCUUCAUACCCUGGGAAGUGAAAGUACUUUGUAUUGAUCAAAGACAUUUCCAAUUACAAUCAGUUGGGUGGAGAGAAUGUUUAUUGUCCAAGCAUCCUCAGGGAACAGAAGUCAAAGUUAUAACAUAUUCAGCAAUGCAGGUCUAUAAUUAA